AUAUACCAGCAUAGCCUACACAUACUGCUGAAUAGCCAGUUGAAUUCCUGCAUGGCGCAGUGCUUACACAUGGAUAUGAUAUAUAGAGCAUAGCGAUGUGCAAACGGCUUUUAAAGCAAUUACAGGAACAUGUCUGGAGAGCCUAAGGCAAAUGCGUCGCUCUAAUGCAGUCUUUUUCAGAUCAGCUCUUCUCUAACUGUACAUGUUGUUUAGGAGCAGGAUACAGGUACACUGGUACAGGAACACUGGCUUCCUCUGGGUUCACAUGCAAGUUUGAACAAAUGGCGUCAAGUAAACCGGCUGGUUCACUCCACUCCCUAGUUACUCUGAAGCUUUCAAGGCCGUUCAGAGGAACGGCUGUAAUUGUGUCUGACUGAGCUCCCUUAUUUUGGACCUGGGCAGAGGGCAGCUUCAAACACUCUAAUACCCCCAUACCCUGAACACAAGUAAUACCCCCAUGACUCUGAGUCAUAGUUUGUUGAGAAGAACAGGUGAGAACACUAGCAGGAAGCCAAGCCGAAUAGAAUAAACACUGAGGCACAUACAUUCCAAACAGUGCACUAGGUCAACAACUGUCAGGCACACUGGCUUCGUCUUGAUAAAUAUGUCAGCGGGCAGGAGGCGUCUUAAAAACGAUAUUUUCAUGUGUGUAUAGGUGUAAUAGUUAUUCCAUCUACUACGUCCCUUGAGGUUAUUUUGCUCAUUCCAUUGAGAGUUUAUGUUUGCCUACAUACUGUACAUAGUUCUAUGAGGCACUACAUUUCCAUGAGAGUUUAUGUGAACAGUGGUAACUUUUUAACACCCAUAAUGGAGUACUGGCAAAGCUCCAGUAGGUCAUUGCAUACCAAAAAGCCAUAGCAUUCCCAGCCAAAAUAACUCAACCCUCAUUAUAUUGUUGAACAUGUUUUGACAUGUUUGUGAUAGUGACUUGAUGUGGAGCACAUUGUGUCCUUAAAGUAGAAAAAACCACACUCUCAAACUUGUCUCAUUGCUUAUUUAUUUUGACCAAUUUAUCCACAGACGCGUUUCGGCCUAAGCCAUGACAAGCUUGAGAGUGCGAAAAUCGCCUUUAUUUCGGAAGUAGAGCGUGCCUAUCCUUACGAGCACAUUGUGUCGCCUUGCUCGAAAUGUGCUUGACUUUUGACCUGCAAUAAUAGUGAACAAUGGCGGCCUUAGAGUCAGUUACAGGAGUGUUUAAAUCUGAUCCUGUUGGAGUGAGGCAAAACUGUGUUGAUAACAUUAACCGUCCGGAUAAUCCUCUAAUCUCUUAGGGGUGUUUUCACGAGCCGUUGAGUAGCCUACACCGACUCCUGAGAGAGCUCACAGAUAUGUGUGUGUUACCCCAGUCAGAAGCAAAACCACGGUAGCCGUGUAGUAGUGAUAGUAGCCUGUGGUUAUCUUUUUUCAGUGGCUCUGUUUUUUUUUUUUUUCUGCAGCCCUUCCGGUGGGUAAAGAAAAUAAAUAACACUGACUUUGCCAGCCAGUGAUCUUGACAAGAGGAGUUGUGUCUGUUUGGAAAAAGCUACGGCUAAUAGCGACCAUCUAAAAAAAAAACAUCCAGCCCAAGGUCAGGGCUAUCACAGCUAUGUAGUUUACGAGCCCUGGGCGAGCUGUGGCAAGCAGCCUUUCUGAUGUUGGCAGUUAGUUGAGCGAGUGAAAGAGAGAGAGAGAGAGAGAGAGAGAGAGAGAGAGAGAGAGAGUAAGAGCCUGGCAUAGAGUGGGGAGGGGUGGUGGGAUGGACAACACUCCUGUUAAAGGUGGAGUCAGAUUUCUCUUGAUUGUUUCCCAACAAACGGUGGAAAGGUUGAGAGAACAUCAUUGGGAGGUGGGAGGAAAAAAGGCAGCUGAGAAAAACCCAUAGACCGUCACACACCUCACUCAGUCACUCACUAAGUGACCGACCCAGCCCAGAGACAGACGCCCGGACGCAAAGGUACCACAGAACGCAGAUAUGCCUCGCCAGUUCCCGAAGAUCGCGCUGACGGAUGUGGACGAGAAGGUGCGCCUGAUGGCCGAGAUGGUGUACGCGUCGGCCCUGAAGGAGGAGGACACCAAGGAGGCGCAGUCCAUGUUCAGCGUGCCCGAGGACUGCCCCAUCGGCCUGCACCAGGCCAAGGAGCACGAGCUGCUCAAGGAGCUGGCCGAGCAACACUCCGAGCAGAGUGCCAAGAGAAAGAAGAAUUUUAAACUGAGACGCUCCCAGUCCAUGUCCCAGCAGUUCCCCUCGGUGUGUCCAGACUGGGCGUUCAGUGUCAUUGCCCCCCUCAUCUCAACGACCGACGGAGCCCCUCCCGAACGCGAACCUGUCCCAGAGUUCCAGAGGGUGACCAUCAGCGGGGACUACUGUGCUGGGGUCACAGUGGAGGACUAUGAGCAGGCGGCCAGCAGUCUCCUCAAGGCUCUGGUCAUCCGAGAGAAGUACUCCAAGCUGGCGUACCACUGCUUCCCCCGCACCACAUCCCGCUUCCUCCGCUCCGCAAAUGAUGAGAAGUGGACCGAGGAGGAUGAAGUUCUGCCAGGUUUGGAUUCCUUCAACACUCAGAUCUGAGACAUUAGAUCACAAGGGUGUAUUACAAGAUCCCGUCCAAGAUCCCAGAGGUGGAAUCGUUUUUUCCACCCUUCGGGACGUACUUCUGACGGAGCCUGUUAUUGUAGACAUGUUGAUGUUUGUGAGACAUCAGCUAAACAUUUCGAUAUGCUUUGGAUUUCAUCAAAAUAAUCAAAUGUCAGGGGUUAUUCAUCAGGAAUGCACACCUCCUCUCCGACAUGGCUUAAUCACGCCGAAGAACACCAGUGUGGAGAAAACACUGCUCUCAAUUACGCAAUCAUGCAUGAAUGGGAGCCUACUGCCACGUAACUUCGAAUACAGCACACCAAUAUUCAAUAUAUCAUUAUGAGACACAGUCCC